AUGGGCCCGGUGGGGAACGCAAGAUGCGGCUACGCACGCGUCGCGGCACAAACGGACUUCAGCACGCGGAUAUUUGCAGAAAACCUUUCAUUUUGCGGCUAUUUUCAGACCAGGGAGCAGAAGAAAAACUUUCAGUCCCAGUUUAUUCUGCUGUGUCGGCAGCUGAAGACCGAUUUGAAAGUGUUCGAUUUCGUGCAAGACCGCGCGCCGGAAUGCUAUCAAACGGUGCUCAUCUUCUGGAAAAAUCUCAAGAACAGGUGGAACAAAGUACCAAAAUGAAAAGCCGAAGGAAAUGAUCGUGUAGUUGUCUAUCUGUGCACAAAUAAUGGAACUCAAGCAGAGUAAGUAGUCUACUUGCUGCAGCUCCUCUUCUCAAAGCUUUAUAAAAUUCUAGAUAUGAGUUUAUGCAGUGUGCUUUUUCGCCGUUUCAGUUUCACUUUCGCUUCAUGGGCGAAGUAUCUGCCAUUCUAAAUAGACCGCGAAUACAUCAGUCCUACAACAACACAUAGAGGUCGUUUGCAUUUCGCCUGACCAAUUGUAACUGACAUUUCAGUUCUUGAGAUCAGUUCAGCCGAGCAGGUCUUAUUUCCAUAGCUGCGUGCGGAAGUUUCUGCUGAGGUUUCUCCCGGUGCUGCUGAAAAUAUGAACUGCAAAAGUAUCGUACUCGUAUAAAUGCAUUACAAAUUUCCAUAGCAUGAGAAAUAAAAUUUGUAAUGCUGAUUCACCUCAAGAAAAAGAUUUGUAAUGCAUGACUGCAAUACGAGUACGAUACUUUUGCACAGGAUAGGAAAAACCUUCCAGCAACGACGCCUUCACGUACCAGUUGUGCUCCCGAUUGCGGUAUCAAGUGUAA